AUGGGUGAAAAAUACAAGGAACGCCUGCUGCAGUUGGAAAAAGUUUUGUUAUUAAAAAAUGCUGAAAUAAAUCUUAGAGACUUGAGACUUUGCUGCAGUUUUGGUGUUCCCGACUCCUUGCGACCGUUGUGUUGGCGCCUGCUUCUUGGUUACUUACCUAUGGAACGACAACGGUGGUCCGUCUAUCUACAAAAGCAGCGUGAAAUUUAUAAUAGUCUUGUUGAAGAUGUAAUCGUUCAUCCGGGCCAGUCAUCUAUGGAAGAUCACGAGACUACUGUAGAUCAUCCGUUAAAUCUUAACCCAGACAGUCAGUGGAAUAAUUAUUUCAAGGACAAUGAAGUAUUGGCUCAAAUAGACAAGGAUGUUCGGCGGCUUUGCCCGGAAAUCGAUUUUUUCCAACGAAUUACUGCUUAUCCACAUAGAUCAGCAGCAAAAAUCAAUUUAUCAUGUCGUGUUCGGCAAGAGAAUCUUUAUUCUGAAGUUCCACCAAGCAGUCAUUUCAGUGCAGGGAAUUUUAUUGCCUUGCCAGCUAAAACAGCCAGCAAUGAAUACUCCAGUGAUGUUGAUGAAAACGUUGAAUAUCACUGGCAGGUGGUUGAAAGAGUGUUAUUCAUGUAUAGCAAACUUAAUCCAGGAGUCAAAUAUGUUCAGGGAAUGAAUGAAAUUAUGGGUCCACUGUAUUACGUAUUUGCAAGUGAUGCGGACGGCGAAUGGGCAGAAGCGGCUGAAGCGGAUACGUAUUAUUGUUUUCAGUUGCUGAUGAGCGAAAUUAAAGAUAAUUUUAUUAAAACUCUGGAUAGUUCUAGCUGUGGCAUUGAAUCACUUCUCGCAGAAUUUAAUGAGAGACUGAGAAAUUGUGACCCGGAACUGUAUAAUCAUCUGGUCGAUGUGGGUGUUAAGCCGCAGUUUUAUGCAUUCCGCUGGCUUUCUUUACUUCUGUCGCAAGAAUUCUCCCUACCAGAUGUUAUUAAUAUAUGGGAUUCAUUGUUUUCUUCCCCUGAUCGUUUACGAUUUCUUCACUGGAUAUGCUUAGCGAUGAUGGAGAAAGUUCGUAUCGUAUUACUUGAAGGAGAUUUUACGUCAUGUCUGGAAAUGCUGCAGAAUUAUCAUGAAACUGAUGUGGGAGAAUUGAUUGUGAAUGCACAUAAGAUGAACGAAGGGUGCUACUAUUUCAAAGGCUCGUAUAAUGACAACAUGAAGAGUGGUUUCUCGAAAGUACAAAUAAAUCCAACUACCAAACUUGCCAGCACCUUUACUAGUGUUCUGAGGACAUUGUCAAAGAAACAGUAA